AUGUCGGAACUGGCUCAAUUAGACAGGGUACGUAGACAGUUGCAAUUUGACCACGCCGGUAGCUUUGUCAGUGGGAAGAUUUGGGUAUUUUGGGGGAACAUGUUGAGCGUGGAUUGGGUGGAAUACGCGGACCAAAUGGUUCACUCCCGCGUUGUGCUUGCCUCUGGAGCGGCAUUUUGUGUGACUGGGGUCUAUGCGAAAUGUACUAGGGUAGGGCGAAGACCACUGUGGGAAGCCAUGGAAGAGGUGGCUGAGCGUGUCUCGACUAGCGGACCAUGGAUGGCAGCAGGGGACUUUAACGUGGUUUCGGCAAUGGAGGAGCGGGAAGGAGGGGCACCGGCAAAUGCACGGAACAUGGAGGAGUUCAACGACUCCAUGUUUAAGUGUGGGCUUUUUGCCCUCGAGUUUGUUGGCCCAAAAUUCACCUGGACAAACGGCUCGGUCUGGCAGCGACUGGACCGCAUAUUAGUGAAUGGCAAGUGGAUGGAUGCCUAUCCAGUCUCGAAGGAGGUGGUGAAUGAGGCAUGGGGGUCGGAGGUGCGAGGGGUAGGAAUGGUCAAAUUCUUCAACAAGCUGAUGAAUGUGCGCCAUCAUCUAAAGCAAUGGAACCGGGAGGUCUUUGGCAAUGUCACCUCCAACGUGGCACAGGCGGAACAGGAGCUUAAACAACGGGAGGGUGACUAUGACACGCAUCGGACUGAUGAGUACAAACUUCGACUUCACGAAGCGCGGGCGCGAUAUAAUAGGGAGUUGGCGGUGGAGUGUGCAUUUUGGAGACAGAAAGCAGGUAUUAAGUGGAUCCAGGAGGGAGAUGCAAAUACUGCCUUCUUCCAUGCGGCGGUCAGACAACGGCGUAACUCCAAUUUCAUAUCGCGCAUCAGGGGGGAGGACGGGGGGUGGCAUGAGGCGGCAGACGAGAUAAAGGAAGUUCUACUCCGAACUAUUUUCUUCCGCCAGCAGGCAAGGCCCUCUGCCAGACCUCCCCUUUGGGGUUCCCAAGGUGGCGACGGUGGAUAA